UAGCACAACUUUCAUUUUAUCGUAUUUUAAUAAAGCUUAAAGAUGAUAUAAACCAACCAAGGGAACUACAUGAAGUUGCUCAGCGUCUUCGGAAUCAUAGAGCUGUAGAAAUGAAAAAUGCAAAUUCCAUGAAUGAUAUUGCUAGAGAAGUAAAAGAACAUAUGGACCCAAGUACUGCGAUUGGAAGUUAUUUCUCUGAAUCCCCUGAUAUUAAUCAAAUUCAU